CCCGCCCCCCGCCCCGGGACCCCAGCACAGCAAACACAGUCCAGCAACACACAACGCGCACAAAAGUCACCGGCUGGGGAGGCCGAGAGCGCGUUUAGCCCCCGUGACGUCGAGAAUCUGAGGCAAAGGUCCCUAUGUUGACUUGUUGAGACAAACACAAAUAUGGCCUUCUACAGUUAUAAAAGAGUCUUAGCUAUUGCCUGAGCAAGAUUCCCAUUUAAAUAAAACAUAUAUGAAGAACUAUGGCAGCAAGAAGUACUCCUAUCCUGCUCAGACAGGCCAUAAAGUACUUCACUUAAGGACUAGAGUAAUACAAAAGCUGCACACAUCUGCUUGCUGGCUGCAGGAGGUCCCGGGUAAACCUCAGCUGGAUCAAACCACAAAGAAGCCACAGAUACCAAGCCCUCAGCCAACAGAAGAAACUGGAGCAAAGAUUAAGGAAGAAAAGCGAUCUUAUAGGCAGAUAAUUAUGGAUGAACUUAAAUAUUAUCACAAUGGAUUCUAUUUGCUUCGGAUUGACACCAAAGUUGCUGCCAGAAUGGUUUGGAGGCUGUUGCACGGACAGGUGCUGACCAGACGAGAGAGACGAAGGCUGUUGAGGACGCGUGCUGAUUUAUUCCGCUUGGUUCCAUUUAUGGUGUUCACCAUUGUCCUCCUCAUGGAAUUCUUAUUGCCAGCGUUUCUGAACUUCCUAGAGAUGUUGCCAUCGACAUUUGAAAGUGAAUCCCAAAAGUGGCAGGACCUCCACCUGAAGGAGAAUGUCCCUCCUCUUUUUUUGUGUGUGUGGGAAGCCCAUGUCCCUCUUUUGCUUCUGUCCCAAACCUUCUACCUGAUAGACGUGAAGCCAAAGCCAACUGAGAUACCACUCAGUGGGGAGGCUCCCGAGAUGGAUAUUCCCGUGGGAUCACCCACUUCCUCUGAAUCUAAAGAGAACAUGGCGGGUUUAGCACUUCAAGCGAAGGGAACUAAGGAUGAAGAACUGAUACAGCUGCCGCCAGCUACAUCAUCACUCACACCAUCAAAGCCUAUUUCAUUACGUAAAGGAUCCAUCACUUCUGCUAAAGAAGCUGAAGCUGGAGGCUGA